AUGGCACACGUUGACAACCAGCGGGCACAAGAAGGAGUGAUUCGCUCGCACAUUGACCUUGCAGAGGCAGCAGCCAACGGCUCUCGUGGAAUGGUUGAUUUCUUACUUGACAACGGCAUGCAAAUCGAUACCCCAGGGAAAGAUGGAACGACUCCACUAUGUGCUGCUGCUCUCUGGGGAAAUGAUGCCAUGGUCGCCUUUUUACUCGACAAAGGCGCCGACGUAUCUGCUAGAAACGAAGGCACGGGGUGGACAGCUCUACAUGCGGCAUCUUUUCAAGAGCACGGAAAAGUUGUACGUAUUCUCUUGGCCCACAAAGCUGACCCGAAAAUGGUCGACGUGGAAGGACGAAGAGCAAUGGACUACGCCAGCAUCUCGGAGGCCAUUUGGCCCUUCUUCGCCGCGCAAGGCCACACGAAGAGUCUCAAGUCGGACCUUGUCGCGAAAGGAAUCAUUCGCAAAAUCCAGGAGCAACCUGAGGAGGUCCAGCUGAGCGACAAACACGAGAGUAUCUCGUCCUUCUCGCGCCCUGGAUCUGCCUACAUAAGAGCGCAGAUGUAUCCGCCCCAUGCGCGUCGACAAAGUCCCGCAAUCAAGUCGCGCGACGGUCGGAUCCUAACCGGGCCCAUUGACCCCCUAGGAGAUAUGCCCUCUGAGCUCGAAUCGAACCAGCGGGGCCCUUCAUUGAAGAGGUUGGGUAUCUGA